GACUAGACUAGAAGUUCUUUUUACAAGGAGUUAGUAAUGAACUUGACCCAUAGAUGACUUGACCUCAUUUCAGACCUAAAAUCUAGAAUCUAAAUUCAGUUAGUCUUCAACUUCAAGAGUAAUCAGUAAUAACACUUUCGAUAACUUGAUAAGAUACAAGAUAGUAGAUAGAACAGAUCUAGAAUGACAUCUUGGUGCCAACUAGGCAUUCGUCAAAAGCUAAACAUACUAAAUAUCAAGACUCAUGUUCCUGCAAUUGCUAGAUUAGUAUCUAAAGUUCCAAUUGAUGAAGACUGGAAAAAAGGAGCUGCAAAGGAACUGAAAGGACAUGAUGUUGAAAAAACACUUAUCUGGAAGACAGCUGAGGGUAUAAAUAUCAAACCAGUCUAUACAAAAGCUGACACUGUAAAUGUUGCUCAUGAAAUCCCAGGGAAAUUUCCCUACACACGAGGAGUGUAUUCAACCAUGUACACUCACAGACCCUGGACCAUUAGGCAGUACGCAGGAUUUAGUACUGUGGAGGAAAGUAACAAAUUUUAUCGAGACAAUAUUAAAGCUGGACAGCAAGGAUUGAGUGUUGCCUUUGACUUGCCCACACAUAGAGGGUAUGAUUCUGAUAACCCACGUGUGGUGGGGGAUGUUGGGAUGGCAGGAGUUGCCAUUGACUCAGUAGAGGAUACCAAACUGUUAUUUGAUGGUAUUCCUCUCAAAGAUAUCUCCACAUCAAUGACUAUGAAUGGUGCAGUACUUCCAAUAUUAGCCAUGUAUAUUGUCACUGGAGAAGAACAGGGUGCCAAACAAUCAGAGUUGGCAGGAACAAUUCAAAAUGAUAUUUUAAAGGAGUUCAUGGUCAGAAACACUUACAUCUAUCCACCAGAACCCUCAAUGAGAAUCAUUGGAGAUAUUUUUGAGUACACUUCGAAAUUCAUGCCAAAGUUUAAUUCUAUCUCAAUCUCUGGUUACCACAUCCAAGAAGCUGGAGCUGAUGCUAUUUUAGAGUUAGCCUUUACAUUGGCAGAUGGCUUAGAAUAUGUGAGACAAGGUGUGAACAGAGGUUUGAAUGUUGAUGCAUUUGCUCCAAGGCUCUCUUUCUUUUGGGGCGUAGGCAUGAACUUUUACAUGGAAAUAGCCAAGAUGAGAGCUGGCAGAAAAUUGUGGGCUACACUCAUCAAAGAGAAAUUCAAUGCUAAAAAUUCUAAAUCUUUAUUGCUCAGGGCUCACUCUCAGACUUCUGGGUGGUCACUGACAGAACAGGAUCCCUACAACAAUAUUGUGAGGACAACCAUUGAGGCCAUGGCAGCUGUUUUUGGAGGUACUCAGUCACUACACACCAACUCUUUUGAUGAAGCUCUAGCUUUACCCACAGUAUUCAGUGCACGUAUUGCUAGAAACACUCAGAUUAUCCUUCAGGAGGAGUCAGGAAUACCAAAGGUGGCUGAUCCUUGGGGAGGCUCCUACAUGAUGGAAAGUUUGACUGAUGAGAUCUAUGAAGGAGCUUUGGCUGUCAUCAAUGAAAUAGAGCAGAUGGGAGGAAUGGCUAAAGCUGUUGCUUCUGGUAUGCCCAAGUUGAAAAUUGAAGAGUGUGCAGCAAGAAGACAGGCUAAAAUUGAUACUGGAGCGGAGGUUAUUGUGGGUGUCAACAAGUACAAGUUACCCACGCAAGAGAAAUUGGAUGUGCUCAGUAUAGACAACUCAGUUGUUAGAGAAAAGCAGUGUGCCAGACUGGCCAAGGUCAAGGCUAGCAGAGAUUCUCAGAAGGUGAAGGCGGCAUUAGAUGCCAUAACAAAGUGCUGUGAGAGUCAUCAGGGCAAUUUGCUGGCUCUAAGUAUUGAUGCAGCAAGGAGUCGUGCCACAGUUGGUGAAAUUUCUGAUGCUAUGGAAAAAGUAUUUGGCAGGCAUGUGGCCAGUGGUCAUAUGGUGAGCGGAGCUUACAAGAGUGAGUUUUCUGAAACUCAGGAGCUACAGGCAGUAGCUGAUAGAGUAAAGAAUUUUAUUGAUCUUGAAGGCCGUCGACCCCGUAUUCUGGUAGCAAAAGUAGGACAAGAUGGGCAUGAUAGAGGAGGCAAAGUGAUAGCGACGGGAUUUGCAGAUUUAGGAUUUGAUGUGGACAUUGGUCCUCUGUUUUCAACUCCUAAAGAAGCUGCACAGCAAGCUAUUGAUGCUGAUGUUCAUGUGGUUGGAGUUAGUACCCUUGCUGCUGGCCACAAAACUUUAAUUCCACAACUUAUUGUAGAACUGAAACAAAUGGGCAGGCCGGACAUUGUUGUAGUUGCUGGAGGUGUUAUUCCUCCCCAGGACUAUGAUGACCUCUUCAAGUCUGGAUGCUCUGCUGUAUUUGGACCAGGCACACGCAUUCCUGAUGCUGCAUUGAAAGUAUUGAAUCUAAUAGAGUCCAACUUGUCAACAAAAGCCAAAAAGAAAUCAGCUCAAUAAAAAUGGGACAUGAAAAUAUUCUUGUUUAUAAACAGAUGUUUUUUGCGGGUUGAGUGUUUAUAAUAACAAUGUUAUAAAAGAAUGACAUUGUUCAGAAAACUUAUUUUUCUAUUGAGAACCUGAAGUUUGUUGAAACAUUAAGGUUACGUUGUGUUGUUACAUACUGAUCUUGAAAAGUGUGAUGAUUAUUAAAAGAAUUCACAAACUAUUGAUGAAAUGUAUCAUCAUUGGAAAUGUGCAUGCAUCAAAAGAGUCUAUAUCCAAGACUUAAGAACUCUCUGCAGUGAUUCCAUGUUGCGACUCAAGUCAUGGAUGUGAUGAAUAGUUCAUUUUUUUCUGUUAAGUGCUGCUUAUGCAUUUUGUUUGUAAAUAUAUUAUUUUUAAAAUGUUGAAAUAAAGGUAUGAAAAAUUUA